AUGGCAACUCCAAAAUCAUCCCCUUCCUUUGUUCUACUCAUUGUAAUAACAACACUUGCAAGAUAUUCGAUAUCGAGUUCAUUGAAAACUCCAACAUCUGCCUUGUUCAUCUUUGGUGACUCUAUAGUUGAUGCAGGAACAAACAAUCACAUUAAGUCUGUGGCAAACUUUAAGGCAGAUUAUCAUCCAUACGGUCGAAACGGAUUUUUCAAUGGCCCGACCGGGAGAUUUUCUGAUGGCCGUGUGCUUGUAGACUUCAUCGCUGAACUUGCAAACAUACCUGCAAUUCCACCAUUCUUGCAACCUUCUGCUAAGUUCAUCAAUGGUGCCAACUUUGCAUCAGCAGGAGCUGGAAUUCUAUCUGAAACUAAUCAAGGAUUGGUGAUCAACUUUGAGACACAAAUCAAACAGUUUGAGGAGUUGCAGAAAUCCUUGCAAGAAGAGCUUGGUGAAACAGAGGCCAAGACAUUGAUAUCAAAAGCAGUGUAUUUAAUCAGCAUUGGAACCAAUGACUACCUCCAUGGAUAUACCUUCAAUCCUAACAUGCAAGAGACCUUCUCAGUUGAAGAUUUUGUAGGAAUGGUCACUGGCAACUUAUCACAAGCAAUCCAAGAUUUAUAUGAAAGAGGAGCUAGGAAGUUUUGUGUGUUGGAUUUAAUGCCAUUGGGUUGCAUGCCAAGUCUAAGAGCAUUGAAUCCAAAUACUAAGAAUGGAAGCUGUUUUGAGGAAGUCUCUGAGAUUGCAAUGGCACAUAACAGAGCACUUUCAGCUACUCUCAUUAUACAACAACACAUUUACAAAGGAUUUAAGUAUGUUCAUUCAAAUUUCUUUGAAUGGAUGGAUAAGAGAAUCCAUUUUCCUUCAGAAUAUGGAUUCAAGGAUGCAGUGAAUGCUUGUUGUGGGAAGGGGGCAUUUAGAGGAAUAAAUAGUUGUGGAAGAAAGAAGAAAAAGGAUAAUUAUGAAGUGUGUGAAGAUUCAAAUGAGUAUUUGUGGUGGGAUUCUGUUCAUGUAUCAGAAAAAGUUCAUGAGCAGCUUGCAUUGGAAUUAUGGACUGCCACAGCUUCAUUGCCAGGAUCAUAUACUUUCCAGGACCUUUUCAGUGAUUUUCAGAAUUUGCGAGUUGAAGAUGUCAUUGUGCAUGAACAAUCUGAUUUAGGAUUUGUUUCUGUAACAUAAUUGCUUGGCAGAUUGUUGUGGUUCAAUGGUUUGGUUGAUUGAAUUUCUAUUAAAUUAUUUACUUAUCCGAAAAU